AAAGCUGACAAAAAUCAAACAUUCUAUGCGAAAACUGUCGAAUGUGAGCACAAAUAAAAAUCAGUCUUAAAUCUAUAACUACACCAAGACACAACUUUUUGAAUAGUACGCUAAAGAAAGAAAAAUAAACACACACAAACACACAGAAGAAACAUUAAGUGAAUAAUAAUUGUAUAAAAGUAUUUGGUGCAAAAUCGGUUAACAAUGCGACCGAUUCUAUUCCAAUUUUACACAAUCGAAAUUCUACUCAACAUGAUAUUGAUGUUCUGCCAUAUACAUGGGUUUCUGAAGCAAUCUCUGGAUUUUUUACCGCUCUGGUCACAUAUUUGCCACUACUUUAGUUCGGCAGCCUUCUAUAUAUUCUCGGUGCUAACAAUUUUUGCUAGUAUCAACAUUUGUACGGGACAUCGAUUUUCGGUUUUUGAAGAAAUCGUACGCACCAUGAUCGGCUUUUUAUUGUACAUUUUCAUAUCGCUGAUGAUCCUGGAGAAUGCGGAGCGUGACUUUCACUUGUUCCACACACGCGGUGAAAAUCGUUUGGAAGUGGAGAAGCCACUGCAUCCAGUCUUUAGCUAUAUGCGUGUACAGGCUCUCUGCGCUCUCUUCUGCGGCGUCAUCUAUCUGCUGCACGGCGUCAUUGUCAUUGAUGUUCUGAUGUCCACCGAACAACGCCAUGAUGAGAAUGAGAGCAACGAGGGUGAAGCUGGUUCCAAAAUACCCGUUCGCCUCUAUGUGCUGGGCGAGAUGGUUCAGUCGCGUCUCCAGCGUUACAAAUGGUUCAAUGAUUUCCGUCGUGGUGAAGAUAUGCAUAUUUAAAUAUUUACCAUUCCUGUAUACAUUGUAUAAUUAUAUAAUUAUAAACAUUUGGCAAUGCGGUCUGCACAAA